GAGCUCACCUGCCGGGCUGUGAGCGGCCGAACUGCUGGAAAACCGGAGUCCUCUCAUUGAUUCCAUCGACCGUUGCUCUGAUCAUCUGAUCACUCCCAUGAUUUUUCUUCAUUUUGUUUUUUCCUGCUGUUUGAAAGUGAUCGACUGCAGGUGUUUUUGUUUGGUCUUUAUUUUUGCGCUUUGAUUUGCGCCAUUUGGCAAUAUGUGAUUUGGGGACAGACGCCGCGUUUUUGGAGAAGUGGACUAUAUCACAGCUGGAAUUCCCAAUAAAAAAAAGAAAAAAAAAUCCACAUUCCUGCUUGACACUAUAAACCAGAAGAGAUUGUGAUAUACCGUGAUGGUGUGGACCCUUCAGAACUGAGAGCAGAGUGGACCUUGUCGUUUGGAAACUGCUCCUGGGAUUGGUCCAAAAUGAAAGCUCCCAUCACUCUUCUGAUUUUACUUCACACUCUUGUGGUCCAUUGCCUAAAAGUGGUGUCAAAGAGAGGCUCAGUGGAAGGCUGCACAGAUUGGUCGGUGGACUACCUGAAAUACAAAGUUCUUCUGGGGGAACCUGUGAGGAUUAAAUGUGCUUUGUUCUAUGGAUAUAUCCGGGCCAACUACACCCAUGCACAGAGCACAGGACUCAGCCUCAUGUGGUACAAAAGUGCUGGGCACGGGGACUUUGAGGAACCCAUCAGUUUUGAUGGCACACGGAUGAGCAAAGAGGAGGAUGCUAUAUGGUUCCGACCAGCAGAAUUGGAUGAUGUUGGAUACUAUUCCUGCGUUUUGAGGAACUCCACGUAUUGCAUGAAGGUGUCCAUGUCUCUCACAGUGGCAGAAAAUGACACAGACCUCUGCUACAACUCUAAAAUGAGGUUCUUUGAAAAGGCGGAACUCAGCAAAAGCAAAGACAUCACCUGCCCAGGCAUUGAGGAUUACAUACAGCCAGGGGUGGAGCCUGAAAUUGUGUGGUACAAGGAGUGCAAGCCAAAGCAAUGGAGAGAGACCAUAGAGAGGAAGAGGGACACUCUGUCCAUCAAAGAAGUACGAGAAGAUGAUAUUGGGAAUUACACCUGUGAAUUGCCUUUUGGGAACUUUGUGGUACGGAGGACGACUGAGCUGUCAGUCACAGCUCCCCUGACAGACAAGCCGCCAAAAAUCCUUUUCCCCUCAGAGAGCCAAGUGAGCAUCAUAGAAAUGGCAAUAGGAAGUCCUGUCAACCUGACAUGUAGAGCAUUCUUUGGAUACAGCGGAGACGUCAGUCCGCUCAUCUACUGGAUGAAGGGGGAUAAGUUUAUUGAAGAUCUGGAUGAGGAGCGUGUCCAAGAAAGCGACAUCAAGACAAUCCGGGAGCACCUGGGGGAGCAAGAGGUUUCCAUCUCCCUGAUCAUCGACUCUCUGGAAGAGGGCGAUCUGGGCAACUACUCCUGCUUUGUGGAGAACGGCAACGGGCGGCGGCAGGCCAACAUUCAACUUAUCAAGAAAGCAGAGCUGAUGUACACGGUGGAGCUGGCCGGUGGUCUGGGAGCCAUCCUGCUGCUGCUUAUCUGCCUCGUGACACUGUACAAGUGCUACAGAAUUGAGCUCAUGCUCUUCUACAGGAACCAUUUUGGCAGCGAGGAUAUCGAUGGAGACAACAAGGACUAUGAUGCUUACCUGUCCUACACCAAAGUGGAUCCAGACCAGUGGAGCCAGGAGACCAGAGAGGAGGAGCGCUUUGCCUUGGAGAUCCUCCCCGACGUGCUGGAGAAGCAUUAUGGGUAUAAACUCUUCAUUCCAGACAGGGACUUGAUCCCCACAGGAAGUUUCACCAAUGAUCAUUUCCAGGAUGACACAAGACUACUUAGAGCCUAUAUCGAGGACGUAGCGCGCUGCGUGGACCAGAGCAAGCGCCUCAUCAUUGUCUUGACGCCCAGCUAUGUAGUGCGGAGGGGGUGGAGCAUUUUUGAGCUGGAGACCCGGCUUCGCAACAUGCUGGUGACCGGCGAGAUCAAAGUCAUCCUGAUCGAGUGUGCUGAACUGCGUGGCAUCAUGAACUACCAGGAAGUGGAGGCCCUCAAACACACCAUCAAGAUGCUGACGGUCAUUAAGUGGCGCGGGCCGUCCAGCAACAAGCUCAACUCCAAGUUCUGGAAGCAACUGCUCUACGAGAUGCCCUUCAAACGCAUGGAGCCCCUAAGCAUCUCACACGAACAAGUGCUAGACGUCAGCGAGCAGGGCCCCUUCGGCGAGCUGCAAACCGUCUCGGCCAUCUCCAUGGCAGCAGCCACCUCCACCGCCAUGGCGACGGCACACCCAGACUUGCGCUCGACCUUUCACAAUUCUUGCCACACCCAGAUGAGGCAGAAACACUAUUACCGUAGCUACGACUACGACCUGCCACCCGGCGGCACACUCCCACCACUCUCCUCGCUAGGCAACCAGCACACCUACUGCAACAUCCCCAUGACACUCAUCAACGGCCAGCGGCCACAGUCCAAGUCGCCACGACAACAGAGUCUGGACGAAGCCCACGGCAACAACGCCAUGCUGCCGCUGCUUCCCAGGGAAACCAGUAUAUCCAGUGUCAUCUGGUGACAGAGUCGGUGCCAGGCGGGGUAGACUGUGGAUCUCUAUGAUGUCUGUCACAGGGAGGACUCGGCACUGGCACUUGGACCCUGAAUGCACCAGAGCCAGAUGACCCUGAAUGGCACUAAGCUACUUGCUGCUGUUGAAUUUGCACCAGGAAAUAACAGGGACAAGGGGUGGGGGGAAGGGGGGAAGGGGUAACACUAGAAAAAACUGGAGCUGGAAGACCUGGCAAUUUUCUUUUUUUUUUUUUUUUUUCUUUUUUUUUUUUUUGUUUGUUUGUUUUGUUUUGUUUUGGUCCAAUAAGAGCUUUUAUUGAAACUGAACAACAACAAAAAAAAAGGAAGAACAUUUUUUUUAUGCCUGUAUAAACACUCACAUAACACAAGCCAACACCGAUGAUAAUUUACCCAGACAGUCGAAGAAUACAGGGUCCUGUACAUACGUUUUUCUAAUUCUUUGUAGCAACAGUGUUUGGGACUUGUUUCUUCUUUAUGUUUUAUCAUCAGCUGGGACUUGUUUUUUUAUUUCUUUGGUUUCAGUUUGUAUAAAAGUGAAGCAAUGGUCUGUGAGACAUGUCGGUUAAACCGUUGUUACCUUUAUCCUAAUUUGUUGGCUGGUGUAGUUUAUAAAGUGGUUAUUUUUGAGGGGCGAUGUGGGGAGGUUUAACUUCACAGCCCUUGGGAGAUGGGUAAGAUUUGAGGGUUGAUGGUCUGGGCUCAACCAGAGUAUGCAAAAUUUGGAGUCUGGACAGGAGUGAAACGUGAGGUUUCCCCAAUCGGUCGUGCUCGAGCGCUUUAGGAAAAUGAUGAUUAUGGUGCUAGGCUUCACAUCUCUGUUUCUCUCACGAUAACAUUUACUUUUGAAGAACAGCCUUGCUAUUUACCUUAACAGAUGAUUAUAUCACUGAAAGUAAUUAUGUGUAUAAUUUUAUGAAAAAAGAAAAGUAUAUUUUUGUAACUGAGGGAUAUUUGCUUAGAGAUGUUAUACCUAUGAAAUUUCUGAAAGAAGGAAUUGGAAAACUUUAAAAAAAGGACAUUGUUUUGUUAUGUGGAACGGCAUAGCUCACAAAAAUCAAUAGGUCACUCACUAAAUGUCUUACCCUUAUAUUGCAAGAUGAAGGGAAAAAAAAGUAUUUGUGUUUUCAUGAAGGGAGGGAAUUUUGACAUUUCCAGUACAUCACUGAUAUCUGCUCAGCAGGCUUAUAUUCUGUUACAUUUCAGUGUCACGAUUCAGUCGGUCUAACAGGGACGGAGUUGUCGACGAUGUCAGCGCGGAUGGAGGAGAAAGCCAUCGUCACCUGAAGCAUUUACUCUCACCUGGUUUUCCUCUUAAGGACCAAACAAGGCUGUCCAGGGCUAAAUUGUUGUCACAGUUAUCCAUUUCCUCUUAAAUGACAGCUCUGUUAUUUGUAUGUCAUUCCCACUUGCAGCGAUUUAGCUGUCAAGUGAUUCAGAAUAAAACGGGGCUCUCCGGCACUCCUGUGGUGAAGAUAACGCAAAGAGUUUUGUUUCUAAAUGAGUCAGAAAACAACAGAACAAGUAUGUCAUCAUGGGGUGUAUUCCUUUUACAACCAACAACCUUAUAGAUGUAAUUAAUCAUCAAGAAUGUCUUUAAACAUGCCAAUAAAAACCUGAUGUAUAUGUUAAUUACAAUAAUAAUGCAACUUUAGACCAAAGCAAGCUAAAGUGAACAAUAUCCAUCAACAAAAAGGAUCUUUUCUUUCUUUAAAAAUCAGUGAAAGUUCAUUCAAUCCAGAUAUUCCCUCAUAUACGAGAGCGCAGCCUGUGUUUCUACUCCUUCUGCAGCUGUGCCAUAUCUUUUUCAUUUUUUAAUGUUUUUUGAGAAACUAACAUCAUACUAAAAUACCUGCAACAUCUCAGAUGUUUCAUUUAGUGCCAUAAAAUAUGCAAAGUGAUGAACUUGUAAAGAAUAAAUAAAAAUCCCCUUUUAUCUUCUUGAACGUAUCACUUGUUACAACUUUUUGAGUUUUAAUUUUCCUUUGUGGAAUAUUUAAGACCACCAAGUUUUGCCGUAUGCUCCCACAAUUACGAUGAAAAUAUUUUAAUCGGAGCCAGGCCUGUUUUUGUUUUGUUUUUUUUUAUUGUUUGUUUGCUUGUUUUUCCCUCCUUGGAAAAGCAAAAGAUAAAUUACUAUUACUUUUUUCCUUUUUAUGGCACCAUUUCUAUUAAAAAACAAAGAGAAAAAAUAUGGGGUUCGCUGUGCUAUUGAAUAUGGCAUUGUGUAAAUAAAAUCAAAAUAAUAUAAUUAAGAUGAAGACAAUCGAGCCAUAUUCGUAAAAGCAAUGGUCGCCACUUACAUGGCCUCUCCACGCAGAAACACUAAUCCUGACUGGAUGUUAAACAAAUCGGUUUUUGGUGUAAUUGCUCCUACUUUUGGAAGCUGUACGGAUAUUCAAGUUUUUAUUUUCUACAAAGACAGUAACACACUUUUCUUUCAUGAUUAAAUUGAACAUUUCUGGUGAUGUGGCUUUGAAAUAAGAAGGUGAUGAGGAUGAAUAAUAAUAACGGUAUAUAGCACAGAAUAAUUCCAGGCACUUUCACGACUCUUGAGACGACGUCUCCCCUGUUUUCUGAUUUAUUUUCUAUUAUGUAUCUGCAAUGUUCAUUAAAAGAGAUACUGUUAUUAUUAAUAAAACCACAUUUAUGGUAA